GCCAGUGAACAUGAAAACAGGUGGACGCUCCUGUAAGUGAGAGUUGCAGCCGAAGGACUGGCUCAGGUAAGACCUGCGAGGUGUUCGUUAUCAUGCUGUGGACCACGGGCCUCUGCCUCCUCUGGGCCUCCUUCAUCCUCGGAGCUCCAGUGAGCAAAGAAAAACAGAAGCUGCUGCUCAUUUCUUUUGACGGUUUCCGGUGGGAUUAUGACCGCGAUGUGGACACUCCAAACCUUGACCAAAUGGCCAAGGAAGGAGUCAAAGCACUAUAUGUUACACCUCCGUACCUCACCGUCACCAGUCCAUCACACUUCACCAUCCUGACAGGGCGCUACAUCGAGAACCACGGGGUAAUCCACAACAUGUGGUUCAACACAACCACCUCUGUGAAGAAGCCCUACUACCAGACUCAGUUUGUGAAUGAGUGGUGGGACAAUGGCUCCCUGCCUAUCUGGAUCACAGCACAGAGACAGGGUCUGAAAGCUGGCUCUCUUCACUUCCCUGGCACAGCUUCCAGUUACCAGGGACAGGUUGCUAUGGUGCGCGAAGUGGAGCCCCUGCUGUACAACUACAAGAACGAGACGGCUUGGCAAGAGAACACAGACAAGGUGAUGGGCUGGUUCAGAGAUCGGGAUCUGGAUUUUGUCUCCAUGUACUUUGGUGAGCCAGAUGGCGUGGGCCACAAAUACGGCCCAGACUCACCUGAGCGCAGGGACAUGGUGAAGCAAGUGGACAGAACCGUGGGCUACAUUCGACAAUCAGCUCAACGGCACAAGCUAACUGACCGACUCAACAUCAUCAUCACAGCAGAUCACGGCAUGAGCGCUGUGUUCCGCAAGGGCAUGGUGGAAGAAAUCACCCUGAAGAAGAUCCCGGGCUUUUUAUUCAGUGACCUGUCCUUCCACCUGGUGGACUACGGCCCCUCUGGGAUGCUGCUGCCUAAGCCCGGCAAGCUGGAGAAGGUUUACCAAACCUUGAAGGGGGCUCACCCACACCUGCACGUGUACAAGAAGGAAGAGAUGCCAGAGUACCUUCACUUCUCAAACAACAGCCGCAUCCUGCCCAUAAUUUUAUGGGCUGACCCUGGAUAUGUCAUCAAUGGGUAUUUUCCAGUUCAGUUCAACAAAGGAGAGCACGGCUACGACAACCAGGAGAUGGACAUGAAGCCGUUCUUCAGGGCCGUGGGGCCAGUUUUCCACAAGAACCUUGAGGUGGGGCCUUUUGAGACGGUGAACAUCUACCCUCUGAUGUGUCACAUCCUGGGCAUUCAGCCCGAGAAGAACGACGGCAACCUGGACAACACCAAACACAUGCUGGCUCCGGGCGUCCCGACCGGUGGUGAAAAUAUCAACUUAAAGAAAAAUGCCAUGAUUGGACUGGCUGCAGUAACUGGGUUUCUUCUUGUGGUUUUUAUAGUGACAGUUUCACACAAAAUACUCAAGAGGAAACACAAAAAUGAAAGAUCUGAAAGCUUCAAAGACGGAGAGAAAGAGACAAAACAAACUUCGUUUUAAUCAUCUUGUACUCUCUUUCUGAACAAAACAUGCAUGAGCUGCACAUGAAACACUGAAAGGAACAACGGAACUGUGUGAAAAUUAUU